CUCAAUUCAAUUUCAGUCCUCUGUUUGCGUCCAACAAGUUUAGUCAUUUGUUUUGUGUUCUUUGUGGUGAAUAAUUGAAUUUUUCUUUGUUCCUAGAAAACGAAAAUUUUACGCAGUUAUUCGAAUUUAAACGAUAUUUGAUUUUUUCCGAAUUUUCCAAAAUGUUUACUGUGGAACGCUUGUGCUGUUUGCGUUUGAAUACAGCCGGUGUCGUAGUCGGCUGGGUUUGUGGCAUUUUGUCCUUGUUCUAUUGUGUCUUCUACGCAUUGGUCCUUUCGAAUUUAGAUGAAAUUAUUAAGUACAUAGCCGAACAAGGUGGUUCGCCUGCUGAAAAGUUUGACCCGAAUACCGUUAGAAGUGUUGUGAUUGCAAUUGUUGCAAUUGCUUUGACUAUUUGUGUGGUGAAUCUAAUAUCUUCGGUUCUAUUGGUUGCCGGUUCCAUCCAGGAACGUCAUAUGAUGUUAGUUCCAUGGCUGCUUAAUAAUGGAUUUGCUUUGUUUUUGGCCGUUUUGAAUGUGGUUUUCUUCGUUGUGAGCGCGAUUCAUGUGGGAAAGAGUUUUGGAAUGAUCUUUGGAAUGACAUUGGGUCUUAUGAUUCCACUCGCAAUACAAUUCUACAUCUGGACUGCAAUUUAUUCACUAUUCCGAGUAAUUCGCUCGUCUAGGGAACGUCAACAGUUGAUUCCUCCAACAACUGGAGCCGCUGGAACAGCCUAUCCAUCCUACACAAGGAUCUAAAAAUACUUUGUUCUUUUUGUUUUGAUUUUGACUAAUAGCGUUUUGCUACCGUUACAUAUACAGAUAUAUAUAAAUAUAUUAUAAUCUAGGAAUAGCAGCCUUAUAAAUAUAUACAUAAAAUGUACUUAUCAUUGUACAAAUAAAUUGUUCUCUUUUGUUGAUAAGA